AUGGCGCGACUCGUGUGGGCAUGCAGCCUCGCACUCUGCGCAGGCUUCCAGCCGCCGCGCCUUACGCCGCCGCCGCGGCACACCAUGCAGGCCGACGCGGCCAGCAUCUUGGACAGCACGCUGUCGCUCGCCAACUCCGAGGAGUUUUUGGGGGGCAUCGUCGGCUUCUUACCGCUCAUCGCAAGACCCAGUGCGUAAAUCAUGACCUCACGCCAUCGACGCGACGCCAGCUCGAUGGCACGGCACACAGGCGAUCCCCGGCGUGCUCGUCGGCAUCCCGUUCCUCGUGUUCAACCGCCUGAAAGACUUGGAAGGAGACGCCUACACGGAGACGGUCUUCACGGACAAGCAGCCUCCCCGGCGGCCCGGGGCCGAACCCGUCGUGCGAAAGAAGGACAUCGACAUGUCCUACGCGGAGCUCGAGCAAAAGUACGGCGAGGCGACGCUCUUCAAAGAUGACGCGCCGCCGAAACCGCCGGUGAACGAGCCCUUCGCGCUGCCGGAAUUGCCGUCGUUUCCGAGCUUCGGCGGCGACGCGCCCGCGCCGCCAAAAUACGAGGCGCCACCUUCCCAACCGGAGGAGGAGUUCGCCCUCCCGGAGCUCAAGCUCCCUUCGUUACCAUCCUUUCCGUCCUUCGGCGGCGGCGCCGCGGCGCCGCCGCCGCGAUACGACGACGCGGCGCCGGCGCCGCCCGAGGAGGAGUUCAAGCUCCCCGAGAUCUCCCUGCCGUCGUUCCCGAACCCGUUCGGCGGCGGCGCGCCGCCCGCGCGGGAGCCCGUCUUCGCCGACGAGGAGGAGGACGAGCCGGCGGCCGAGGAGCCGUUCAAGCUGCCCGAGGUGAAGUUUCCCUGGCAGUGA